CCGUCUGGUGUGUUAAAAGGUAUGGCGUGUAGCGUUUGCGCUUAAAACUGGACUCGGGCUAUCCGUCGUCAUCUGCCGUUGUUAAAGAUUAAAUUUACGAUAUACAGAGUUAUGUAAAUAGUUUACAGUCUAACAGAAAGAUACCGUUGCAACAUUAAGUAAUUAUGUUGCCUAAAAUAGAGUUUUGGGACUUCAAGUUGACGCUGUGACCGCUGAAGUUAAAAGGAACUCAGCAGGCUGUGGAUGUCAAGAUGGUGCAGCGCCUGACAUAUCGCCGUAGACUUUCCUACAACACUGCGUCAAACAAGACCAGGCUGUCCCGUACUCCAGGUAACCGCAUUGUGUACCUGUACACGAAGAAGACAGGCAAGUCACCUAAGUCAGCUUGCGGAAUUUGCCCCGGCAGACUGCGUGGAAUUCGUGCUGUGAGACCCCAAGUUCUUAUGAGGCUUUCAAAAACCAAGAAGCAUGUCAGCCGAGCCUAUGGUGGUUCCAUGUGUGCCAAAUGUGUACGAGACAGGAUCAAGCGGGCUUUCCUCAUUGAGGAACAGAAGAUAGUUGUCAAAGUCCUGAAGGCACAGGCACAGACCCAGAAGUCGAAGUAGUAGUACAGAAGUCAUUUUGCAUUGAAUAAAACAUUUGGAAACCUUUG